AUGGUGAUGGGGAGGCCAAGCAACAGCUACGGGAGCGGGGGCGACGAGGAGCGGCUACCCCUCCGCGGCGUGCUGGAGACGCAGCAGCGGGCGCCCGGGACGCCGCCGCCGCCGGCCCACCACGCCGCGGAGCAGCUGAAGGAGGCGAGGCGCGGGGGCAGCAGGCUCUGGCGCGCGUCCGUGCGCGCCGGGCUGCUGCUCUGCCUGCUGACCGUCCCCGCCGUCCUGCUGCUGCUGCGGUGGCAGGCCGACUCCUCGCCGCAGUGGGUCUUCGACUUCGAGGCCCCCGAGGAAGACGACGACCAAGAUAUACAAGAUGAUAUGUCCGAUGAUCUAUCACCAUCGCCACAAAUAGCCUAUGACCGACUUCUGGGUGGCCUUCUGGUUGAGGGUUUUGAUGAGAUAUCAUGUAGAAGCAGGUAUCAGUUUGCACGCUAUCACAGUUCACCAAGCAUACCUUCUCCAUACCUCAUAGAGAGGUUAAGGAAACAAGAAGCUUUGCAGAAAAAGUGUGGUCCAGGCACCAAAGCAUACAAGGAAGCCUCAAAGCAGCUGAAGUCCGGUCAAAGCAUCAAUGUGACAGAUUGCAACUAUCUGUUCCUGAUUAUUCACGCUGGCUUAGGGAACCGGAUGCUUGAGAUCACUUCAGCAUUCCUUUAUGCGCUACUUACAAACCGGAUUUUGCUCGUGGACCGUUAUAAGGAGAUUGCAGACCUUUUCUGUGAACCCUUUCCUGGAACAUCGUGGUUGGUUCCUUCAGAUUUCCCUCUGAACAAUGACGAGUUCAGUCAGAGUAGUCCUGAGAGCUAUGGAAACAUGCUGCAGAAUAGUGUUUUCGGUGGAAAUACAGAUCGAUCUUUGGCUGGUAAUAGACCUCCCUAUGUGUAUCUCCACCUUGAUGGCAUCUAUGGUUUCCAUGACAAACUUUUCUUCUGUGAAGACGACCAACAGUUCCUGCAAGGGGUUUCAUGGUUGAUCAUGAGAACAGACAUGUACUUUGUGCCGUCCCUAUUUCUCAUUCCAGCUUUCCAAGAUGAACUCAGCAGGCUAUUUCCUGAGAAAGACACUGUUUUCCAUCACUUGGCACGCUAUCUUUUUCAUCCGACAAAUAAUGUUUGGUAUUCGGUUACAAAAUACUUCCGGUCCUACCUGGCCAAAGCUGAAAAAAGAGUGGGAAUUCAGAUCAGAAUAUAUGAAACCAAAGGUAUCUUACAAAGAAAUGGUCCGUUCCCACACAUUUUGAAUCAGAUCCUCUCAUGUGCUCAAAAUGAAAAGCUGCUUCCAGAAGUUAGUAUGGCAGAGGGAGCAGCAGCUGAGACUCAGAAUAACCGAACAGCAGCUGGGACUCAAAAUAACCGAACGAUUGCUGUUCUAACGACUUCUUUGAGCUCUUGGUACAGUGAUCAAAUUCAGAAGAAGUACGAUGAGCAACCAUCAGUUGAUGGCAUAACUGUCAGAGUGUUCCAGCCGAGCCACGAGGAGUACCAGAGGUCAAGGAACAAAAAGCACAACAUGAAGGCACUUGCUGAGAUCUAUCUACUGAGCAUGAGCGACGUACUGAUCACCAGUGGCUUUUCCACGUUUGGGUACGCUGCUCAGGGGCUCGCCGGCCUGAAGCCAUGGAUCAUGUUUAGGUCGGAGAACCACGUGAUGCCAGACCCACCGUGCGGCCGUGCCAUGUCCAUUGAGCCGUGCUUCCAUCAGGCUCCCUCCUACGACUGCAAGGCGAAGAAGGACGCUGAUUUGGGCAAGGUAGUGCCUUACGUGAGGCACUGCGAGGAUGUGAGCUGGGGGCUGAAGAUUGUAAAUCAAACUCAUUUGUAG